GAGAAAUCAUCUAUUAAAUAUUAAAAGAAGGAAAAUUAAAAAAAAAUUGAGAAGAGAGAAUGAGGAAUUGAGUUAUGAUAAGAUAUCUGCUCACGGGAUUACGGAAUACUUUCUUUCCCAUAAAAUUGCAUUCAAUGAUCCUCUUGCUAAAUUGGCACGCUUCGAUCGAUGAGAUAGGCAGACGUGUCCUUUUCCCAAGGUUGCAUGGCCAAUCCAAAAUGGAACCGAACUUUUACAUCUAGAGCUGUAGGUGCCAACCAAACCAUGCAUUCUCCUCGCGAUCUUCGCCAUUUUUCCUGCUGUAGUCAAACUGCCCUUGGUGAACAAAGACGUUUAAGCUUCCCUCCCAAAAGCCUCGCUCGCUCUAUAUAUAUACUUCUUCCACUCACCAUGCAUGCAUCGGUAAUUAACGCAAUCAGCAGAUCGAUUGAAAACCCAUGAUGCCAUCGUCAUCGAAAUACAGUCCUCUCCCGCUUCUUCCCUUCCUUCUCCUCCUCCUCCUCCUCUGCCAACUCGCCUCAAUCUCCAUCGCCGCCCUACCGUUCACCGAACUCAACUCUGUCUCCGACCUCUGGCGGGAUCCAUUCUGCGCCACCAAGCAUGCGCCGUUUGUGGCCACUUGCCACGCCAGGGUGGACUGGAAGGAGACCCCGACGGGACACGUCUUCAGCUUGGACGUCCCCGGCAUUGAGGGGGAGGAGCUGAAGAUCGAGGUGGAGGAGAACUGGGUGCUGAGGGUCAGGUGGAGGGAGUUUUGGAGGCUGUUCAGCAUUCCAGAGAAUGCCGACCUCAACUCCGCCAAGGCCGCCAGGAUCAAGAACGGGGAGAUCAUCGUCACAUUCGCCAAGAUGUCUCCCGACAAGAUAGAAGGACCCAAGAGUACUGUGAAUAAUCGCGGUGGGAGAGAUUUGGCGGCGGCGCUGAACUAUAAGGCCGAGCAGGAGCUGUGAUGAUGAUUCACCUGGGCUUGAACUUCGAGCUACCAUCAUAUUCAUUUUGUUCUGAUCUGUUCUCCUGUUCUGUUCUUUCUGUCUUUCCCCUCCGAUUUCUGUUGUUACUUGGAAGCUGAGAGUUUUGGACGUGUUUGUGUUGGAUUGAGCAAAGUUCCAAAACCCCCAACAGCAUCACAAAGUUGCUGAUAAGUGAUAACUCGCAAUGAACAUUUCAUUGCUUA